AACUAAACUUAAAUACUGCAUCCCAAAUAUUUUCAUUCUGCUCAACCAAAGAUUUCUUUGAAUGGAGAAGAAAAGCUUAUUACACAGACAUGGAGUGUUUCUUCAGCAUCCUCUCUUCUUCUUCCUUACACUAGCAUUAGGGUUUGUUGUAAUGGAUCCCUUUAAAAUGGGACCGUUGGGACGCCACGAGUUCAAGCCGGUGAAGCAUGAGAUUGCGCCGUAUAAGGAAGUGAUGGAGAGCUGGCCGAAGGACAAGGAAGGGAGAUUAGGAAAUGGGAAGCUGGAGUUUGUUGAUGAGGUUUUUGGACCGGAGUCUUUGGAGUUUGAUGGCUUGGGACGGGGUCCGUACACUGGACUGGCUGAUGGGCGUAUUGUUAGAUGGAUGGGUGAGAGUGUUGGUUGGGAAACUUUUGCUAUUGUUAGUACAAACUGGUCAGAGAAGAUAUGUUCAAGAGGAGUAGACUCAUCAACAGCUAAACAAUGGAAGCAUGAGAAACUGUGCGGUCGUCCUCUUGGCUUAAGGUUCGACAAAAACACCGGAAACUUGUACAUAGCUGAUUCUUACUACGGCCUUCUUGUCGUCGGACCGGAAGGCGGACUCGCGACUCCUUUGGCCACUCACGUUGAUGGCCACCCGAUACUCUUCGCCAAUGAUCUCGACAUUCACCACAAUGGCUCCAUCUUUUUUACAGACACUAGCCAGAGAUAUGACAGAGUGAACCAUUUCUUCAUAUUGCUGGAAGGAGAAUCCACCGGAAGGCUCCUAAGAUAUGACCCUCCGACGAGAAGUACACAUGUAGUACUUGAUGGCCUAGCAUUUCCAAAUGGAGUUCAAUUAUCUAAGAACCAAAAUUUCCUCGUCUUCACCGAGACCACCAAUUGCAGAUUAAUGAAAUUCUGGCUAGAAGGACCCAAAAUAGGAAAAGUGGAGCUACUUGCAAACCUACCAGGUUUUCCAGACAAUGUAAGAAUAAACGAAAAAGGACAAUACUGGGUAGCCAUAGAUUGUUGCAGAACUCCAGCACAAGAAAUCCUUACACAAAACCCAUGGAUUAAAAGCAUCUACUUCAGAUUACCGAUCCGAAUGAGCAUCUUAGCCAGAUUGAUGGGGAUGAAGAUGUACACAGCCGUAUCGUUAUUCGACGAGAAUGGAAAAAUCUUAGAAGUUCUUGAGGAUCCAAAGGGAGUAGUAAUGAAGUUAGUAAGUGAAGUGAGAGAGGAACAAGGAAAAUUGUGGAUAGGAACUGUUGCUCAUAACCAUAUUGCUACGCUUGAUUAUCCUUAAUUAGUUUAGGUUUUUAAAAUGUACGUCUUAUUUUGAUUGUGAUGUGUACUAUGCUGAAGCCUUCAUUUGGAAAUUCUCUAGCAUUAUUAUUUUGAAAAUGAUGAUCAAGUGUUUAAUGAAUUUAUGUUUUUGAGGAUUUUA